AUGCCCUCGAGCUUCGGCACCUCUGGGGACAACAGCAUAGCCAGCAAUCCCAGUAGUAGUGGAGCAGAUACAGAGAACCGAAACAGGAACGCCACGGCCAAUCGAGCCGCAAUGGAAAGUCUGCUUAAUGACGAGGACGAGGACUGGGGAACUCAGAACCACUUCGUUCUGCCCCGCAGGGUGUAUUUCCAAGACGUUCACGACCCUAACGAUACAGGCACAGGCCCAGUAAAUCAGCCCGAGGAGAUUGAUCUCACUGUCUCGUCGGAUGAGGACGAAGGCAGCGGGCAGAACGCAGCAGAUAGCGGCGAAAUCAUCGAGAUUCUGGAUUCUUCGGGCGUUUCGCAGCCGGCGCCUUUACCUCGAAAGCGACGACGACCAGGAGCCAACACAAUGCUAGAGCCUAAACGCCAGCGCAUGACAGACAUGAUGAGAAGCGCAGAGUCCACCAAUAUCAGCAUACAGAACAGUGAGACGGUGGAGGAAUUUAAGCGACGACUCAAGUGCAGCAUCUGUCUAGACGUACUGGAAGACAUGACCUCCACUUUAUGUGGCCACAUCUUCUGUGCUUGCUGCAUCCACCAAGCGAUUCGAGCCAGUGGAAAGUGUCCUCUGUGCCAGCGUCGUCUACAUUUCAAGGACACACAUCGCCUAUUCUUUUGA